AUGGCUGAUGCUUAUCGAGAACGUGCACUUCCCACGCUCUCUGUUUUAGAACGGCUGCGUUGUCUCCGUCGUGAACACGUUCCCUAUGCUUCUCACUACUGUGAAGAGAACGCAUACAAACUCGUUGAGGCACUCUAUCGAGAUUUUUCGCUCCCCGAUCACGCUGUUUUUGCGGUAUUCAUUAGCAACGACUGUAAAUCCACACCGGUAUGGAAGCAAAGAUUAGGGAACGGGAGGUGUCCGCUAAUGUGGGACUAUCACGUGAUAACUCUUGUUAAUGUGGGCGCAGGUGACGAGGGCGGCAUGUGGGCGUUUGAUCAAGAUACAACGCUACCGUUCCCAUGUGAGGGACUCCGUUACAUCGAGGAGUCUUUUCACCCGGAGAUGCAAUUGGACGACAAGUAUCGACAGCGCUUCCGUGUUGUUCCGGGAAGGGAUUAUCUGGAGUAUUUCUCAUCUGACCGCUCCCACAUGAAGGAUUUUGACGCUGCCCAGCCCCCGUGGCCACUUAUUAGGGGAUGCCGUGCGCCAUCUGACAUGCGGCUAGGUUUGUAUGUGGAUGUGCACCAAAGCAGUAGCGGUGAAGAUGUGAAGAAAGAGCAGGGCUGUGGGAAAAUUCUUAGUAUCGCAGAGUUAAUUAGUUUUGUGAGUCCAUAG